AUGCUUGAGCCGGAAGAAGGCGAAAUACCUGUCUUCCAAAGAUUCACACAAACAUCCAUGGAGUAUGAAAUGAUCAGAACAAUAGGCGAGGGCACAUUUGGACAGGUAAUCCUUGCAAAACGAAAUAGAGCAAAGUACGCACUGAAGAAAGUCAACAGAACAGAGGAUGGCAUACCAAUAACAACAAUACGCGAAAUACAGACAUUGAGGGAAAUGCAUCAUCCAAACAUCAUCAGGCUAAUUGAAGUAGUGGUUGACUCAGGGAAAAUAUACAUGGUAUUUCCAUAUGUGCAGCAUGAUCUCAACAAGUUCAUUAGGAACAAAAAAAUGAGCACAGCCAAUAUUAAGCAUGUGUUCUUACAGAUAACAAAAGGAAUAUGCUACAUGCAUAGCAAAGGAAUAAUGCACAGAGACCUAAAAAGCGCAAACAUCUUAAUAGACCAGAACUUGAAUGUAAGCAUAGCAGACUUUGGAAUGGCAAGGCGUACAACAAAGGCAGGAAUUUACACACCAGGGAUGGUGACUCUCUGGUAUAGGGCUCCUGAAAUUCUGCUGGGACGGCCAACUUACACAUAUGCUGUAGAUGUGUGGUCUAUGGGAUGCGUUCUGGUUGAAAUGUACCUAGGAAGUAUGCUUUUUCAGGGAAGCACAGAAAUUGCUCAGCUUGAGAUGAUUAUUCAUGCAUGUGGAUCAAUAAAUGAAAAAACAUUUCCUGGAAUCAAGGAUAUUGCUGGAAUCAAUAGUUUCAGGUUACCACAGUCACCACGACGAAUAGAAAGCAUAAUUGAAAAAUACGAUGUAUCAGCAGUAGACAUAGUCAGCAGAAUGCUAUGUAUUGAUCCAUGUAAACGAAUAACGGCAGAUGAGGCCCUUGGAAACAAAUACUUCAGCUCAGAUAGUUCGGAAGUCCGCUUUAGCCAUGAAAAAGAGCAGGAUACUCAAUACAAAAGAAGAUGCCAGAAUAGAGAAAAUAAAUAA